AUGGCGGCUCCUAGUCAGAUUGCUUUUCGCACCCUCAAGGGGAUUGGUCUUUUGGACGCCUCGCCUUUAUAUGAGCCUGUGCCUGGCUUUGAGAGACCCGAAGGAAACCUCCGCUGCAGCGCCUAUUCACCGUGUGGACGCUACUUCGCUUGGGCAUCUCCCGAACGCGUCACGAUUAUCGACCCCUCCGUCGGCCACGUGAUCACCACUCUCCCCGCCGACAACGUCUUUGAACUAGGCUUCUCCCCCCUCGGCACAUACGUGAUCACCUGGCAACGGCUCACGAAAGACGAAAAUGGCGACGCUGUCAAGAACCUUAAGGUGUGGAACGUUGAGGCUCACGCAAGGGACGGAGCAGGAGAGAACGAAAACGCAGUGGUCGGUCGUUUUGUCCAGAAAUCGCAGACCAGUUGGAACUUGCAAUAUACCUCUGACGAGCGUUAUUGCGCUCGCGUUGUGACAAAUGAGGUUCAGUUUUAUAAGAGCCAUGAUCUCUCGAAUGUGUGGAAUAAGCUCCGCGUGGAGGGUGUUGCUGAUUUUGCGUUGUCGCCUGGGAAGAGUCAGGCGAUUGCGGUCUUUACGCCAGAGCGGAAGGGACAACCGGCUUCAGUCAAGGUCUUUGUAGUUCCCCAAUUCAAUACUCCGGUCUCGCAAAAGACUUUCUUCAAAGGCGACAAGGUCCAGCUCAAAUGGAACAACUCCGGCACCUCCAUUAUUGUUUUGGCGCAAACCGAUGUGGAUAGAUCCGGCAAGAGUUACUAUGGCGAGACGACUCUGUACUUGUUGAGUGCAACCGGAGCUUUCGACUCUAGAAUCGAUCUCGACAGAGAAGGUCCUAUUCACGACGUGACAUGGUCACCCAACUCGAAGGAAUUCGGAGUUGUCUAUGGAUUCAUGCCAGCCAAGACGACUAUUUUCAACUUCCGUGGUGUUGCUACGCACAGCUACCCAUUGGCACCGCGAAAUACGAUUGUGUUUUCGCCACAUGGCCGAUUUGUUGUCGUCGCUGGUUUUGGUAACUUGGCAGGCCAGAUGGAUAUCUAUGACCUGGAAAAGGGUCACCAGAAAAUCACCACCAUUGAAGGGUCUAAUGCGACUGUAUGCGAGUGGUCGCCUGAUGGAAAGCACAUUCUUACAGCCACCACUAGCCCUCGACUGAGAGUUGACAACGGAGUUCGUAUCUGGCAUGUCACCGGUGCUCUUCAAUACAACGAAGACAUGAACGAGUUGUACCAGGUGUGCUGGCGUCCACAAGGACAGGUGGAACAACCCCUUGGCGAUCCAUUCCACCCACUCCCAACACCUCAUGCAUCUGCAUUGGAUUACCUUGCCAAGAAGAAAGUCCCAUCCAAGCCAGUGGGAGCAUACCGCCCACCAGGAGCCCGCGGACAAACCACCUCGUUGGCCUUUAAGCGUGAAGACGAGGGUGGCGCAGCUUUCAGCAGAGAAGGUGGAUCCGCCUCUUUUGGCGCAGCGUCCAUCAACGGAUUCGGCAAGCCCAGAAGACGAGAAGUCCCCGGCGCAGAACCCGUCGAGUUUGUGCCUCCUGGCGCCGCACCUGGUGGUGGAGUCGCUCUACCUCCAGGCGCUGAAGCAGCCGCAGCGGAUGAGAAAUUAUCCAAAUCAGCUGCAAAGAACAAGAAGAAACGAGAAGCCAAGAAGGCCAAAGAGACGGCCGAAAAGGAAGGAGGAGAACUCGCCCCUCCUGCCGGUCCUCAACAGGGUCAGCGUCUGAACCCAAGCCCCGAUCGCCGUGAAAACCGAUCAAAGAGCCGCAACCGCAACCGCGCCGAAAGCAACGUCAACGGAGCCGCCAAACAAGCCGCCAAACCUGCCGCUGCUCCUGCUGCGGCCCCUGCCGCCCCAGCUGCACCAGCACCGGCCGCAGAACCCAACUCUGCUCAAGACAAGCGCAUCCGCGGCCUCUUGAAGAAGUUGCGCGCCAUCGACGAGUUGAAGAUGAGACUCGCAUCCGGCGAGAAGUUGGAGGAUACGCAGAUGAAGAAGAUCCAGACGGAGGAUUCGGUGAGGAAGGAGUUGGAAGGAUUGGAUUAUACUGUAUAA